GAAGAACUGGGCGGCCCGACAGCCUGAGUCGACCCAGUUUGACUACCUCAAGGAGGAGGUUGGAAGUCGCAUCGCAGACCGUGUCUAUGACAUAGCCAGGAAACUGUUGCAAAGUUUUUCCAGACAGACAUUGCAGAAAAUGCUUUGAAAAAUUCUUUGGAAACAGAAAUUCCUACCGUUCACGUUUUAGCCGAUGAAGAAUUCCUUCCCUUCCGUGAAAAUACAUUUGACCUAGUGGUUAGCAGUUUAAGUUUGCACUGGGUGAAUGAUCUUCCUAGAGCACUUGAACAGAUCCAUUAUGUGUUGAAGCCAGAUGGCGUAUUUAUUGGCGCCAUGUUUGGCGGCGACACUCUGUACGAGCUUCGGUGUUCUUUGCAGUUAGCAGAAACGGAGAGAGAAGGCGGCUUUUCUCCCCACGUUUCACCUUUCACGGCGGUCAAUGACCUGGGACAUCUGCUCGGGAGAGCUGGCUUCAACACACUGACCGUGGACACUGAUGAAAUUCAAGUUAACUAUCCUGGAAUGUUUGAGCUAAUGGAAGAUCUGCAAGGUAUGGGGGAAAGUAACUGUUCUUGGAAUAGGAAAGCGCUGCUGCACCGAGACACGAUGCUGGCGGCGGCAGCUGUGUACCGAGAAAUGUACGGAAAUGAGGAUGGCUCUGUACCUGCCACAUAUCAGAUUUACUACAUGAUAGGAUGGAAAUACCAUGAGUCACAGGCUAGACCAGCUGAAAGAGGUUCUGCAACAGUGUCAUUUGGAGAACUGGGAAAGAUAAACCAUCUCAUGUCACAGGAGAAAAAACCACAAUAAAUAUUUUAUUCCAUGUGAA